UCAUCGUGAGAUGUUUUUUAACGGAAUAGGCAUAGGUGUAGUCAUCGGUCUCACAAGUCGCUAUUGAUAUAGUGAUUAGUGAUCCGCACUUGAAACUAUAUACAACUUUGAUCUCGAUUUGUAAUGUGAACGAGUUCAUCUUCGUCAAGUGUGUGUUUAAUUACCAUCAUUUCAAUAAACAAAAACCGAACAAUGUACUUAUAGUUGAGUACCAGUUCGGUUCAAAGAGCAUACGUUGGAUUUUUUCUUAUAAUUGACUCUGAUCUGUGAUCAUGGGUGAUCAGGAUUAUUCUUACAAUGAAGGCGAUGGAGAAUCAGAAGAUCAUUUUGAGAAAACUGUUGCCCUUGUGAAACGAGUUUUGCCUUCUCUUUUCAACAUUAAAGUGCUUGGUGACAAAGGAUCCGGUCUAAGGUCGAAUGGUUCAGUUCAAGAUUACAUUGAACUCCGCCGAGAAUGUUUGUCAAGUGGAUGUUUAUUCGAGGACCCAGAGUUCCCUGCCAACGACUCUUCAAUAUAUUUUUCGAAAAGACCUGACAGAUACAUAGAAUGGAGGCGACCAGUGGAAAUAGCAGAAAACGCUCAAUUCUUCGUAGAAGGAUUUUCGAGAUUCGAUGUUCAGCAAGGAGAGCUGGGUGACUGUUGGCUCAUUGCUGCUGUCGCAAAUUUAGCUAUGCAUCCUCAUUUAUUCUACCAGGUUGUUCCAGAAGACCAGAGUUUUGAAGACAACUACGCUGGAAUCUUUCACUUCAGAUUUUGGCAAUAUGGAAGAUGGGUGGACGUUGUAGUUGACGAUAGAUUACCAACUUAUCAGGGGCAGCUUUUAUUUCUUCAAUCGCCAGAGCCCAAUGAAUUCUGGAGUGCCCUUCUCGAAAAAGCUUACGCGAAAUUGCACGGUUCUUAUGAAUCUCUAAAAGGUGGUACCGCAGUCGAGGCCAUGGAGGACUUCACAGGUGGCGUAACAGAAUUGUAUGAGAUGGAACAAACUCCACCAAAUUUGUUCGAAAUACUAUUGAAAGCCUACGAGAGGAAUUCCAUGGUAGGAUGUUCAAUCGAGCCUGAUCCCAAUGUCCUGGAAGCAAAAACGCCGCAAGGAUUGAUUAGAGGCCACGCUUACAGUAUCACGAGAGUAAAGAAUGUUCAUAUUGAAAUGCCGAACAGGAGUGGCACCGUGCCUUUACUGAGAAUCAGGAAUCCUUGGGGAAACGAGGCUGAAUGGAACGGUCCCUGGAGUGAUGGAUCGCCAGAAUGGAGGUUUAUUCCUGAUCACGAGAAGGAAGAAUUAGGACUGAAUUUUGAUUCUGAUGGCGAGUUUUGGAUGUCUUUCCAUGACUUCAAAAAGUAUUUCACACAGCUAGAGAUUUGUAACUUGAGUCCUGAUUCUCUCAGUGAAGACGAUCUCAGUCAGGGAAAGAAGAAGUGGGAAAUGAGCGUCUUCGAAGGCGAAUGGGUACGGGGAGUUACUGCUGGCGGCUGCAGAAAUAACCUUGAAACUUUUUGGCACAAUCCUCAAUAUCGGAUCACCCUCGAGUCUCCUGAUGAAGGAGACGAUAAGUGCACAGUUAUUAUCGCGUUAAUGCAAAAGAAUAGGAGAGCACAGAGGAGAAUGGGAGCCGAUUGUCUCACAAUUGGGUUCUCUGUUUAUCACGUAAUUAAUAAAGUUGAUGAUAUGGGUUAUGGGGAAAACGAUGUCAAAGAUCAACCAGAACCAGAUAGAAGCGAAGAUAAGGUACGAGAAUUCUUUAGAAAACUUGCUGGAGACGAUAUGGAAGUGGACUGGAUGGAAUUGAAAGAAAUUCUUGACUAUGCGAUGCGUAAAGAGUUACCACAGUCGGCACCUCCUCGUAGUGAGGCACAUGAUACCCCUCUGGAAAACGGUUCUUUCAUCGACACACUCAUCUCCUUGCUGUGUGGUAUUGUUUGUAAUAAUGAAGAAUACAAUAAAUCUGUAGAAAUGCACAAUCAAGGAUUCAGUAAAGAUAUUUGCCGAAGUAUGGUUGCAAUGUUGGAUGUGGACCAUUCAGGAAAACUUGGAUUUGAAGAAUUUAAAUCUUUGUGGAACGACAUAAGAAACUGGAGAGCAGUCUUCAGGCUUUACGACAGAGAUGGGUCUGGUUAUUUGAGUGCAUUUGAACUAAGACAAGCCUUAAACAGUGCAGGAUACAGGCUUAAUAAUCACAUCCUGAAUAUUUUAGUACACCGCUACGGUACUAAGGAAGGAAUGAUUGCUUUCGAUGAUUACAUUAUGUGUGCUGUCCGUCUUAAAACCAUGAUUGAUAUUUUCCGUGAAAGGGACCCGGAUCAUUCGAACGUAGCAACUUUUACGAUGGAAGAAUGGGUCGAGAAAACUUUAUAUUGCUAAAUUGAUGAACACAAAUGGACGAGGAUAAGCAACGAAAUGUCUCGCAAAACGUACACCUAUUAAUUGAAUCAAUUUAUUUUUAAAUUGAACCAUUUGAAGUAAUUUCUAAUACGUAUUAUUGACGCAUUAAGUAAUAAGUUAGGUUUCGAUGAGAAAGAAAGUAUAGAUUGAAAAUUGAAAGAUAGUACAAUUUCAGCAUUCGCAAUAUUGAUAUUCCAGUAAAUUUCGACAGAAGUUUGAAGAAGAAAACUAUUUUUUUGCACAUGAAGGCCUUUUCCUAUUGAAAAAUAAUUUAAUGAUGGAGUUGAUUUAUCUGUGCAUUAAACACACAGGCAAGAAAUUAUAUGCUAAACCAACAAAAUGUUUCUAACUCGAUAUAUAUCACACUUCUGUAGUUAAAUCUGAACUGUCUUCCAUCGCACAUCUUUAGGUAGAUAUAAAGUUAAAUGAGAAGGAAGAAGCGAGAAUAUUUGGACGUGAAGUUUUAAAUUCAAUAUAUUUCUAGUCCUAAGUGUUCAAGUUUUGAAUCUCACGCGUAUAUACUCAAACAGUCUGUAUGCCGAAUCCAUGUCUAAACCCAAGAAAAACUGCUUUUUAAUAUAUGGCAUAAUUCAUUAUAUUUUCAUGACUACAAAUCAUAUGUUUAUUACAAAGAAAGUGUUGAAAGAAUUUAAAAUCGAAAGUUUGUCAAAAAGACAUUAACUAAUAAAAAGAUUAUUUUAACCUUGCUAAUGACGUUAAUAAUCAAUGAAUUUAAUAUUAACUUCAGAUUUAUACAAAAAUUAAACAGUUUUUGACUAUGAAAAAGUUAGGACACAGAGUUAUACUCAAAGAUAUAUUGCAUUUAAUUUUUUGUAAUUUUAGUCAUGAAGUUAAUAAAAUUAAAAAUUUGGCUUUUCUCUGUAGCUUUGAGAAAUGGAUAACGCGCUAAUAUAAUUAUGUGAUCCAGAAUAAGUAUAAAUUGGGAAUAUAUUUGAAAUUCAAAUCGAAUAGAUUUUUUUUCUUUGUAUCAAUAAUUAGUAUAUAUACAAUAUAUAGUAUAAUAAAAAUUUAAUUAAUUUUAUACAUUCAUCGUCACUUAAUUGAUUUUUUCUUUCGAUCAUAAUGUGUUUUAAAUACAUUCUCAUAUGUCUCUUAGUUUUCAUCCUUAUAUUGUGAAUAAAUAUCGUUUUUUAUUUUCCGAUUUAAUGACUUCCGUAAUGUUUUUGCGUCGAUAAUAUAAUUAGGUAAAACACAUUAAGGUAAAACACAUGUACUUAUAUAUUUGAUAAGAAUUGUAGAGUAUUGUUUUAUAAAAUUAAAUUUAUUUGUA